CACAUUUUCCAGCUGCAUCCGGCUGUGUUUGUCUUCGCCACACAUCGCAGGAGGCCAGCGGGUCCCCCUUGCAUGAGUCCUUGACCCUCCCCUCCCCCAUCGCACCUCGGCAAGGACAUCGCAUUUGCUUCCCUCUUCCUCUCCCUCCGUUUUUCUGAAGCGUCGUUCGGCCCAAGCAGGUCUCCUCCCAUCAGCAGCUGCCCUCACAUCGCACCCAUGGCCAGCAGACUGCUCUUCGUGCUCGCCUGUCUCGCUCUCCGGGCGUCGUGUCAGCCAGCCAACAUCACCGUGACCAUCGCGUACGGAGGCGAUUUCGAGGGCUUCUGGUCCUUCCCUCUGCUUGCGUGGACGGCCAAGCUUGCGUGGGAGCGCGAAAGCCCUCUCAUCCCCGCCCCUCCGGCAGCACGGGCCGGUCUGGCUGUCGACUUGGUGUUGGAGGAUCUGAGGGGCGAGAGCAAGACGGCCGUCGACUUCGCCACGAGACACUUUGUGGGGUCGCGCUUCGAUGAGGACAUGCCCAAAGGUGAGUGCGGGGGAGGGGGGAGAUAGUGUCGUGCAUGCAUGUACGUGAUGGCCUCUGUGUGUUGCGUGUGGUUGUCAGUGUCUGCGGUUGUUUGCUGCCACCGUUCGUCCAACACCGUAGCUGUUGCGUCCCUGGGCACCCUCAUGCAGGGUGUGCAGAUCACCGACCUGUCCACGGCCAUCGACCGCUCCAACCCACUCCCAUACUACAGCAACUUCCCCACACUCACCAACACCACUGCCACAUUCCCGUACCUGUUCAGGUGCGUGUGCACAUCGGAGAAAGCAAAGCUUGUCUCUUGACUGCUGCAUGCACGUGUCGUGUGCCUAUGUGUUGGUGUUGCAGGACCGUUCCCGGCACACAGAGCACAGGAGAGCGAUGCCGACUCCUGCGCGGGUACACAACACCUCCCCCCACACCCACGCCCACACAGCCACACACAGAGGAACGUUCACUCCCAGUCCCAGCUCAUUCUCUCUCCUUUAUCUGUCCCCAUGGUUGGUGCAGUCUUGUUGAGGCCAUCGGUGCGGAGCGUGUGGUUUUCAUCAACCCGGCCAUCGGUGCGGGCAAGACGCAGCAGCGCUUCCAGGUCCUGUGCCUCAGCGCGCAGAACAUCACUGUCGACACCAUCGACCUGCCGCCACUCAUCGGCAACCAAGACGAACCCUCAGACGACCUCAUCGAGAAAUGGUAAAAGGCAGACAGCCGCGAAGUGUGUUCCUCAUGUGUCUGUGGUCUUGUUGUGCAGGGAGCAGCAUCUGUCUCGCGCCAAGGGCUCCGACACCCUCAUGACUGCCUUCUUCCCCUACCUCGACAACCCCUCGUCAUGGGAGCCCUUCCUGGCCCUGCCCCCAUCCAUCGGCCUGACCUCGCCCAACACCACAUGGGUCUUCCCCCCGCAGUUCAUCACCGUGAUGCCCUCGCUCCCAGACCUCUCCGACUACAUCGGCAGCCUGGUCAUUGCACACGACGAGCGGUCCACCAUGUGGAGGGACUUCACCGACUUCUGGAGCACUCUCACGCCUGACGACUUCCCCACUGAGGCACAGACCUGGCUCCGGGGGCUGGCGGCGCUACUCGACGUCGACGACGUCGACGGACUCUUCGACAAAGGUAUGCAUCCUUGCAUGGGGAAGAGAGAAAGUCCCAUGGCCUUCUCUUGUCGGUUUUCAGGCGUGGAUCCUGACGUGUUCCUCGGUGCGUCCGGACGUGCUUUCGACUCCGUCACAGCCGUGCUGCUCGCGGCCGCCCACAUCCGCACCACAGCACGAGAGGCGUCACGGCAGCCUCAACUGCACGGCGAGACCAUGCGGGACACCCUGCAGCAGAUUCGCUUCAAGGGGCUGUCGGGCGACGUCGCCUUCACAGAGACCAACGACAGGGUGGGGCUCCCGUCCGGGGAGGUGCUGGCCAUCGCCGAGACGGGUGAAGACGGCAUGGUGCGGAUGUCGUCCGUUGGGCGGUUUGAUGGGGGUGGGCGUGUGGGUGUGGAUUCGCACGACUUGGAUGUGCUCAAGGGCGUGUGGGUCGGCGAACGAGACAUCGAUGACCUCAACAUGAGGUGAGUGAGACCACAAGGUGUCUACACGCACCUUCACGCACACUUUCAUCCUUACACGUGUGUGUCCUCUGUGUGUUUUGCCUUCAGCGCAUCCGUCACCACUGGUGCCAGCCCCUCACCGACCAACGCGGCUUCAUCGACCAACAGCAGUGACAGCGAACCUGAUGUCUCAGCCCUGCAAGCAGACCCAGAGAAGAAGGGCCUCCUCCCACCCAAUGGUGGCGCCCCCGCCCCACCCCCACCCGCGCCCCCAGCAGACCCAGCCAAGAAGCCAGAGGACACGGCAGCCCCGCCACCACCAGCCGCCAAGCCGGAGCAUGCUGCUCCCUCUCCCCCUCCCCCCACUCAUGAAGCGAUGCCCGCGCCAUAUGCCCACGAGGCGCCCGCGCCGCCCAUGCCCCACGACCACAGUGUCCACUACCCGUCGCAGCACCAUGAGCAUAUCGACCAUGAGCAUGAACACGGUGGCGAGCUGGUGUACGACAUCCCUCCUGGCUACUACAGUGUGGGCGACACGACCUAUGGCGGCGAGGGGAUGGGCAAAAAGGAGGGCGAGGCCCCACCACCCCCGCCACCGACCGGCAAGAAGGAAGACCACGUGCCCCCUCCCCCACCAUCAAAGGAGCCAGCACCACCCCCGAUGGACGGCAAGAAGAUGCCGGCACCCGAGCCCGUGGUCGACAAGAUGCCCGCCCCCGAACCGACUCCCCCACCCCCUCCCCCGAUGAAGCAGAUGCCCGAGGUGGACAAGAAGACGGCCAAGAAGAUGCGCAAGCAGCUCGGAGGGGGCGGCAUUGGUGGCGGCAAGAUGGGAGGGGGCAAGAUGGGCGGCGGGGGCAAGAUGGGUGGCAAGAUGGGAGGCAAGAUGAUGCACGGGGCGGAGAUCCAGUGCGGCGCGCAGGUGUGCAGCCCUAAUGCUGCGUGUGUGGACGUGAAUCGCGUGGCGACGCGGAUCGGGAUGCUGAAGCCUUUGCAGCUCAAGAAGCUGCAGAAGCGGAUCCAGAAGCGAGCCAAGAAGGGCAAGGGCGUGCCGAUGCCGAUCCCCGACUACCAGUGCAGGUGUAACUUCGGAUACACCGGCACCGGACUCACUUGCAGCCGUACGCACACGGGCACAGGGAGGGGUGGGGGGAGAGGGGCGGGGGGAUGCAUGCAUCAGCGGUUCUUCGGUCCAUGCUGUUCGAUGUGUUAUGUUUCAGGUCCGCAAGGGUGUGGUGACUGUGACGAGAACGCCGAGUGCAUGCCGGGCCCGAGCGGCAGCUUCGAGUGUGUGUGCAAAUACGGAUACGUCGGCGACGGGCGACGAUGCACACGUAAGCAUAACACAGUACACGAGACACACGCGCCCCCUUCCUCCAUCCAUCUGUGUGUCUAUAACUAUGUCAGCCCCUGGCGAGUGCGAUCACUGCGGCCAUGGUUCGAGCUGUGUCCACACGGAUGACGGGUGGACGUGUCAGUGCGACGAGGGCUUCGUACCCAUGCCACACGAGGAGGGACACUUCAUCUGCCAACGUGAGCCAGACACGAGCCACAACAAACCUCCUGAACAUGACAGACAUGUGUGUGGGAUGCUUGUUCGUCUGCCCACGUGUGGCAUCAGCGAUCGACCCGUACCUGCAUUGCGGCCCCAAGGGAUGCUCCAAGCAUGAGGUCGGCGCGCUGUCGGUCUCAUCCUCGUCGAGCGGCAGCAACUCCACCAGAUCAUCACGGUCUCGUUCUCGUGCGGUGCCGCCUUAUUGGCUGUACUCGGGUGCGCUCUUCUCCAGCGACGCCAUGAGACACCAAGACCACAAAGCGGAGGCAUCGCUGCAGAGCAUGUGUGCUGCUGGUACGGACAGACACAGACACGGGGGGUGAGGGGGAGACAUCUGAUGUGAUGUGUCUCUGCCUGUCUGUGGAUGGAUGGAUGUUUGCAGUGACGCCCAAGUCUCAAAAGCUGUCGGUAGAUGAAAGCGAGGAGAGCCCUUCGAGCGGCGCUGCGCCGGCCGUGGCUGGCUCGAUGGCGGUCUUCAUGUUGGUCAUCGGAGUGCUGUCCUUCCUGCUGAUCUGCUGACUGAAGCUGAUGAUAUGCUGAGGGCUUGGUGCAUGGACGUGUUAAUGUGAUAGGCUGUUCGUACCGCAUGUAUAGCACACUCACUCUCUCUGCGUACAACUGAGCGUCGUGUUUGAGGCCUGUCUGCCCUUCACACACGUCCAUGCGCACUGACCAAGGCUGCAAUGCACGGCCGUAUGCGUUUGGUGCCGUGUGUACGGACGGUCAGACGAGUGUCUCCCAUGCUCGUUCCAUAUCGUAUGUACUCUCAAUCACAAUGAUCAUUAAGGCAGGAAGGUCAUCCAUCGGUUUUAUCGCUUUUUCCCUUUUUCUGGACACCGCAUAGCAUACAUAUAGCAUACAUAUAGCAUACAUAUAGCAUACAUAUAGCAUACAUGUACAGGCAGACAUGUAUGUACGUGUGUACGUGUGUACGUGUUUUCUGCUGGUCUAUGUAUAUACCGAAUAGGUAGGUAUCCAUCGUAUGCUCGUAAAUGGGUCGAUACGAUACACCCGCCUGUUGGUCGCGAGUGUCUUUCCCAUGUUUUGGUUGGCAUGGCAUUCAUAUCGGUGGCCUGUGUGUGAGCCACCAAUCAAUCAACUUGCAUAACUUGCAUUUGUGUAAUUCGUCCACAGGGGUUACCUACGUUUUGUAUCUCUACAUUUCUGUGGCUGUGUAUCGGAUCACCUGUGUAUGAGUAGAGAGCUGUAGCGAGCGGGCUGAAAGGUGUUUCAGGUACAAAAACGGUGUUUUUCGGGAGCUGGGAUGGGGCUCAACGAUGAUGUACAGGCAGAGACAUUAUACUAGUGCUAUGUGUUGUUGACGGACGACCGAGCGAACAGUCAGGUCUUUUUCCGUGACACGAACACACGCACACCAGUGGUCUGAGUGAGACGCAAAGCAGUGUACAGGUCCACCACCUCACUCACUCCACUCACUCCACCACCUUGCACUAGUCGACGUGUGCAUGUAUGCAUUGCCAUUGACUGACAGACACCACAGGCAGGCUAUGUGCAGAAACCUAUAUCGAUCAAUCGAUGGGCGAUAAGACUUGGAUGCGGUGUGCGUGUACAGGCAGGUUCUCGUUGACAUGGUAGGUCUCUUCAGCGGGCUCCACUGCAUCGCGGCCCCCCGUGAGGUCGGGAGGCAAUGACACAGUGGGGCCGGGCGAGGAAAGAGGGCUACUAUGUCGACGAGGCACGGCUCAGCCAGAUUGCAUGACAAAAGCGACAUUUCCACUCAUGGGCAUAGAUGAACACCGGGUGCGUGGAAUGAAGCGACAGACAUGGCGUGAGUGUCUACAGUCGGUGCUACGGUGAGACUUCUGCGUUCGUCAUGUGCCGAGAACAUUCUUCACUGCGCCAAGUUGCGUGCAACCAAACGGUUUCGAG